AUGCGAUCAUAUCCUCUUGUUCUUCUCUUCGCUUUUGCUGUUGUAUCUCGCAUAGCCAGCGCUGAUGACGUUCUUGAUCCUGAACACGUACGUGAGCUCACAAGUUUUCGAAGGUUCAAUGACUCUAACGAGGAGAGAGUAUUACAAGGACUUGGUGAUCUUGUCCGUGAAAUGGUUGGUACUAUGGAACUCAACGCGGUGAGGUUUCUUAAACCCAAUUUCGACCACAAUGUUCUCAAAAAAGUUGAGAAGUUGUUACGUCAUGGAAAGUCACCUUUCGAGCUGUCGACGUUUGAGGAUUUAUCAAUGCUGGCCGCCAAGGAAGUUAGCACGGAAGCUGCUCGUUACGUUUUGCUACACGAAGUCUUGAGUCGAAUUUAUGACGACGUUUCACUGGCAGAGCAUAUCCAGAACGCGAUAGGGACUCAAAUGACGAAAAUCGCCGAGACCUUUCAAAGAAUGCAGAUGAGGGAUUUGCAAAGGAAAGGGUUUGACGUAACUACUAUUGCGAAAAAGAGACAGAGGGAUUUUAGACCAUUUAAGGUGGAGAUGCCUUCUCACCUUGUAUUUGUCGCUUUCGUUCGCAGCUGUGGGGAGAAAUAUCCUCAUGCUAUCCUGCUGGAUGAGUUAGCAAGAUACAAUGGAGGUGUGUCACGUGUCAUCGAAACGAUAUGCACAUCAUUGCAAACGAAAUCAGCAGAUGCAGUUUCAGAAGUCCCGACGCUUGGUCAGUCGAUUUUAAAUGAUCGAAUCCAAUUAUGGAAAGAUGAGAAAACACCACCAAACGAAGUGUUUCAAUCAAUUUUUGGUCAUAUGGAGGGUGCCAAGAUUUUGGAUUCCCCGUCACUGGCAUUCUGGAAUCGUUACCAGGAGCUUGUAUGUCCAAAGAAGGACAGGACGGAGAUGUUGUUUGAUGGACUGUUAAAACAUGUAAAUAAUGACGAACAAAAAUUACGUUCGAUACUCACGACAGCAAAACGGAGUAAAAAUGAGGUAACGAAAGACGAUGCUAUUGCUCUGGAGAUUCAUCUCGGACAAGAAGAAGGCAAUGAAAACAAGUAG